UUUGUGUGUAGUGACAGCCCCGAUGAUGUCAUGUGCCGCUACGACAUCCAUUCUCCGCACGUUCGUUUUGUCCGUUCCGUAAAGAAUCCCACGUUGUUGAUCGGGAGCGCUGGAAGGAAUUUCGCUCGGAUUUCCGUAAUUCGGCGCUGCCAGGAAAGCGAUCCCCCCGCCCCAGUGGACUGGGCUCUGCUUCCACCGACGAAGAAUUGCGUGAGCGCCGGCUUGGCCAUGCCAACCGCGAAAACGCGCGGGGAUUUCUCGAGGUGGGCUGCUCGGGAGGAAAUCCCUCUUGACCGCUGUUAAAGGAUUCUGUGCAGCGAAACUCAUGUGCAGAGAGAGACUUCGCGAUUCUCAACCCCUACGCUGGAAUGUGGGACACCCCAGUUAUGGCUGUUCUGAGUGGACAUGUCAUAAAGACUUGCUAUAUCUCACUGGAGGCUAAAAUGUUUUCUUAACUGGUUGGAUUUCCUCAUUUUUAUUUGGGACUCCUGCUUUUCCUGGUCUUCCCUGAAAACUACCCGAUACCCCACAGUUCCUCCCCUUUAUUCCACCAGCGGCCAUGAAUGGGCUGUCGGUUAGUGAACUCUGCUGUCUUUUUUGCUGUCCACCUUGUCCUAGUCGGAUAGCUGCCAAGCUGGCUUUCCUACCUCCAGAGCCCACUUAUACAAUUGUCCCAGAACCAGAUCCUGCUGGCAGCACUGGCAACGCCUCCUCCCGGAGUGGCACCAUGGCUCGCUGGAAGCUUCAUUUGACAGAUCGGGCUGAUUUCCAGUAUACCCAACGAGAACUGGACACCAUUGAGGUGUUCCUUACCAAAAGCAGCCGAGGGAACCGAGUGAGUUGCAUGUAUGUCCGCUGCGUUCCUGGCGCCAGGUUCACAGUUCUCUUCUCACACGGCAACGCGGUGGAUCUGGGCCAGAUGUGCAGCUUCUACAUCAGCCUGGGCACCCGGAUUAGCUGCAACAUCUUUUCUUACGAUUAUUCGGGCUACGGUGCCAGCACAGGGAAGCCUUCAGAGAAGAACCUCUAUGCUGAUGUGGACGCUGCCUGGCAGGCCUUACGCACACGAUAUGGGAUCAGCCCCGAGAACAUCAUCCUUUAUGGGCAAAGCAUUGGCACAGUGCCCACAGUGGACCUGGCCUCCCGCUACGAGUGCGCCGCUGUGAUCUUACAUUCACCAUUAACGUCGGGCAUGCGUGUUGCCUUCCCAGAAACCAAAAAGACCUACUGCUUUGAUGCUUUCCCAAAUAUAGACAAGGUGUCCCGCAUCACUUCCCCUGUUCUGUUCAUUCAUGGCACCGAAGACGAGGUGAUCGACUUCUCCCACGGCUUGGCCCUUUACGAGCGCUGCCCAAAGGCAGUGGAACCCCUCUGGGUAGAGGGAGCUGGUCACAACGAUAUUGAACUCUACAGCCAGUACCUGGAGCGCUUACGCAAGUUCAUCUUACAAGAUUUGUCUGGUUAAUGCAGCUCAACCUGUCUUAUCCACCCUUCUGGCAAGGACCGGCCACCUCAACUGGGCAAGGGGAAGAGGAGGAAGCAUUUGUGGCUUUCAAAGGAGAAGGCCACUGAUGCUGCAAGUUCCAUGUUCCCAUCUGCAAAAUGGGAGUAGCUCAGUCCACCCUUCCUCCAUUGCAGGCUUAGUUUGUACAGGGCUCUUGAGUCUCUCCUGAUGGUUUUUCCCCAUCGCAGAGGGCCCUUUCCAGCUGUUUCUCAUUUCCAGCUGCUGUCAUGGCUGAGGAUGGGUCUGUCCAUAAUAACAAGAUGCCUGAGACAGUCUCUAAUUGCACCUCAUCGCAGGACUCCAAAGGACUUGAGUACUGCAGACUGUUCUAGAACAUCAACAUCUCCAUCAGGGCUACCCUCUUGUUGCCUCCAUCCACCUUCACCUCCUGUUUCGGAUCCAGUUUUCUGAACACUCUGCGCGUGACCCAGUGAUAGCAAUAAGCCAUAGGCAGGGUGGGGCAGGGAGACAAGGCACCUUGCAUGCUGGCCAAAAUGGCUUGCUCCAAUUUUGCUGCCUAGCCCACUGCAGCACCUGAAGACAACAGAAUUUCAUUCAGAUUUCCUCUGGGGAGGGGAUGGGAAACAACCUUGAGUUUUCACCGGAAGUCUGUGAAAGGACUAUUUGUGGAAUGCAGUAAGGCUGUUCUACAUGUCUCAGCAUUUAC